AGCGAAAUGAGGUUUAUUCGUAGGUGGUUUUUUUAGUUUGUUGUCAUGGCAUCGUUGGGAGACGCACGUGAACCGAUGGAUGCCCCGUCGGUCAACGCUCAGCUCAGCUUCUUCCUGCAGCAACACGCCUCCUUCUCUUCAUUUGCCACCUCAGAGCUUUCCUGCGAAGGGCUGCGGCGUUAUCCUCUACCGGUGCUAACAGGGGCAACGGCUACCGAUGCCGCCGGGUUCGCGGGCAUGCGAGCUCAACCUGUGGCAGCCUUCGACUUGUCCGCCUCUUCGACGAACCCGUACGGCAGACUUCACUCAGUCGCGAGUGCGGUGCAUCAGUUUUGGCAAACAUCCGAUGCGUCUUCUUCGACAGACUCCUCUCAUGCAACAGGAGGGGAGGCCACCUCGUCGUCGUCGCAUGCAGUUCAUCAUCCAACUGGCCGCGGAGAGGAAGGAGUAGGCAACGGCGCUGCGUGGUUGGCGCAAUCGCCGUUUCGGGGGUGCGCACGGGCGUCCUUUCACGCACGGUUACGUCACCUGGCCACGCCGCCCUCGUCCAAGUGUUUUGAUUCACACAACACAAAUAGUUCCAUAGAAGCGCCAUGCCAGGGGCCGCUGUCAUGGAUGGAUGCGUUGUGUCAUGGCUUCUCCACUGCUGCUGCUGCCGUUGACGAUGAUGGCCCUUCCCGUCGAAAGCGGCUGCGCACCGCAUCAGCAGUGGCUGUGACGCAACCACCACCGCCGCCGCAAAAGUGUCAAACCACCGCGUGCAAUCAAAAUGCUGAUGUGUGCACAGAGAACGUCGCCACUGCAGCGAUAGCACGAGAUGUGCGGCGCAUGACCACGGUGGAGGCACAUGAAGUGGCGACGAGAGAAACGCGUGCCCCAUCACCGGCGUUGCGGUCACGCGUGACGGAGAACGAUGACCUGCUGGGCAUGUUGCUGGGGGUGCCCACGGUGGUGCCAGCUGCCAUUGCGGAGGACCGCCCAAUGAAAGGUGGUGACGGCGAAGCGAAUGGCUCGGCGGCGAGGUCGCACGCCGACCUCCAUCAGCGCCGCACUUCCGCUCCCGAAACAACGCAGCAGGAAGCAGCGGCGGCUCCGCAGGUGACGGCAAAUGCGAAGGAUCGUCGACCCGUGCACGCAAACGCACUCUCCUCGGACGAUGAGGCUUGUCUGAUGCGGUGCAGUGUGAAGGAGCUGAAAGAUACCUGCGCUCGACUCGGACUGUUAAGCACGGGCUCGAAACACGUGCUGCUGCAACGCAUUCAAUUAUAUCAAUCAUCGAGGAAGCCGACCAAGGACACAACGAACACCUCAAUGCCUGCAAGCCAGUUGCCAUCCGCAACACCAUUUCCACCACUAUCAGGAAGGCGAGAUGUUUCUCUAGCUGCCCCUGCCGCAACGCCUCCAGUUCUGCUGUCUAGCCGCUCCGCCAGUGGGUUGCCGCCGCGUACCGUCUUCCGUUAUCGAAGUCCGUCAGCGCCGCCGGGUGCAUCGACAGUGACAGUGGCCACCGCUGAUAAUAUGGAAGGAAAGACACGUGUUAGCACACCGCACUCCGCAUCACCUUUGACAGUGACGCUACGUGGUAGUGCAGCGACAUCAACGGCGCUGGGAGAAGAUGUGCUGCGGUUUGCACCCACAAUGGCGCCUCCAGCACCCCCUUCACGCCGCGUCGUGCCCUCCCCUACUGCGUUUCUUCAGCAACUCGUGGCAACUCACCACCAUCAACAGCAGCAGAUCAUCGCAACAUCCCUUCCUACAGCUCACAAUGCAUGUGAAGGGACUGAAGCGAAUCUCUGCGUGAGUGACAAGCGAACAACCCCACCACUUCUUUCUCCAGCUGCGUCGCGUGCUCAGGAAGAUGCGCUCAAGAGUGAGAUGAGUGCCGUGCGCUGGCAGUGGUUGGUCGACUUCCGCGAGCGCGCCGGCGGCCAGCGCGGCAGUCGGUCAAAGCACGAGGGAAUGAUCGAUGCGUUCCGCCGUCAGCAGGUGCCGUGCACGUCCGUCAUGCUGCCUUGUGGUGACUUCAUGCUGGCAGUGGAUUUGUCCCCGCAGGAGGCUGAUGAACUCCAGCAGGCACAUCAACGCGGCUCCUCUUCUGCUGCAUCGGUGUUGUCGCAAGCUGAGGAAAGUACAAACGAAGUGCGCGGGGCGACCGGGAAUGCACCGGCGGAGCCGUCGCCUAUUUUCGGGCACGUGUGCUCGCUGGUCGUGGAGCGCAAGACGGCUGCGGAUCUCGACGCGAGUGUGAAAGGCUCGCGCUACUCGGAGCAGCGCCGUCUGCUGGAGGCCUCACCGUAUGCGCUGGUGGUUUGGCUGAUUGAAGGCACCGAUGUGGGCGGGGGAGGUGCAGGGCGAAGUGCGAAGGGCGGUUUCUUCUCUCGACCUCACACGUGCCCCCAACAGGGCGGAAGCCGAAGUCCGUCGCCAGCACCCAACGACAGCGAUGUGGCGUCAGCGACGGACGUUGCAAGUGUGGCCUCGCCCACCUCGCCGUCGUCACCGGUGGAGAGCGCGCAGCAGCGGGUGGACUCGGCGUGCGCGUCGCUGGGCAUGCAGCAGCAGCAGCAGCACGGUAGCUGGCUGGUCGUGCGCACGCGUAACACGGCGGAGAGCGUGCAGUUUUUGAAGCAGCUUGCGCUACAGGUGGCGCGGCAGCUGGCGGCGCGGCGUCUGACCCACCGCGAGACGUCUUCAGCGUCGAGAAGCGCGUUGCCCAUUGUGACGACCGACAUGGAUCUUGCCCGUGUGGAGGUGGGCGCCCACCUGAGCAGCUCGUUCUGCUCUUUACCGCUUGCACGGAUGACUGCACCGAGCCGUGGUGAGAGCGCCGCCCACGUUUGCCGUGCCCUUUCUCAUGCCUUUCUGCAGUUUGGGCCCACUCAAGAUUGCUUACAAAGCGUCGGUGCCCUCCAGCGACGACUACGCGCGCAGACGGCCUUUCCACGCAUGCUGCUGUGUGUUCGCGGCUGCUCACCGAGUCUGGCUGCUCUCUUAACCAGCAAGUAUGGCAGUUUGAUGGGUUUUUGGCGGGCGCUGCGCAGACAUGGGCGCGAGGCCUGCGAUGCGGACCGCGAUAUCCGCCGCCUGUCCACGGCACAGAAGAAGGUGUUUAUUCUGCUGACGGAGUUUCUCCUGGCGAAGGACUACUAUUGA